GAAGCAGCAGAUUCCCGCAGAGAGGAGAGGCGAAGAAAAGAGCGACGUUCAUGAGUUAAACCUCACUGUUUUUGUUGACUAAUUUCUCGGUUUCAGUAUCCUGCAGAAAUCCUCUGUCUGUUACAGUGAAAUUAUACACACAGCUUAGUUGCAUUGGUUGUAGGGCUGUUGUUUAGCAGUCAGUAUGGCGGUAGUCAUCAGGCUGCAGGGUCUGCCCAUAGUAGCCGGCACCAUGGACAUCAGACACUUCUUCUCUGGCCUCACCAUUCCUGACGGGGGAGUGCACAUCGUAGGUGGUGAACAUGGUGAGGCCUUCAUCGUCUUUGCCACUGACGAGGAUGCUCGACUUGGGAUGAUGCGAACAGGCGGGGCCAUAAAGGGGUCCAAAGUGUCACUGUUGCUUAGCAGCAAGACGGAAAUGCAGAACAUGAUCGAACUCAGCCGCCGCAGAUUUGAGGCUGGAGCAGGGGCUGUGGAGAUGGCUGCACCCACAGCGGGGAAUGUUAACCGCCAAGCGGGCACUGCCCCCAUACCCACAGUGCAAUCUGGCCCAGGGGGAAGAAGCGGUAGCCAUGGAAACCAGGGCUUCAACACCACCGCCUCUGUGACAGCAGCGAGCUCAUCUCAGGAGCCGCCGAGCAACAAGGCAGCUGCCAGCCUGGCCAGCGUAGUGCCCAGCUUCCCCAAUAGCUACAGCUCCGCUCCGACAAUCACCACAGCUCUGGCUUCACUCAGCGCAGGUCCCCCACCCAUCCCUCCACUUCCCAGCAUGCCUUCCAUGCCCCCAAUGCCCACCCUUCCCACCAUUCCAGUUCCUCCACCAGUGUCUUCCCUCCCACCUGUCCCUACUGUCUCCCCGCUGUCCCAAGGUCCUCCAGUGCCUCCAAUGUCCCACCUCCCCCACAUGUCCUCACUGCCUCCCUUCAACCCCUCCCUGCCUCCUCCAGCAGGACUGGCUUCUGGCCUCCCUCUUGGAACCCCCAACCCAAUGCUGUUUAACCCACUCUCCCCUCUGGCCUCGCUAAAUCUUCAGGCCCACAUGAAGGUUGCAGCUGCCGCUGCCACUGGGGUAGGCCCGGCUAAUCCCGAUGAGCUGUUUAUUCUCCUGCAGAACCUCCCGUUCUCCUGCUCAGAGGUGGAAGUCAGGGAGUUUUUUCGGGGUCUGGGGGUGGAUGGGGUUCGCCUCCUGAGGGACGGGCAGGGUCGGCCAAGUGGCAGGGCUAUGGUCAAAUUCUUCUCACCCCAAGACAGUUUUGAGGCUGUGAAGCGGGGAGGUGGCAUGAUGGGCCAAAGAUUCAUUGAGAUCACUCCAGGCUCUGAGCGUCAAUGGGUUAGCCUCAGUGACAAUGGGACAGGUCACGUCCCGCACAACAGCAGCAAAUCAAAUAACAGCAACGAGUUGCAAGACCAGCAGCACCGUCGUAGUAAUGCUGGGUCAGGAGCCAGGGACCAGCGAGGAAGGUCGCGAUCUCCCCAUCGGCAAGAGUUUUGUGUCUAUCUAAAGGGCCUUCCUUACGAGGCAGACAAGAAACAAAUUAUGGAAUUCUUUAAGAAUCUGGCCAUUGUGGAAGACAGCAUCUACAUUGCCUAUGGACCCAACGGUCGAGCCACAGGGGAGGGUUUCCUUGAGUUCAAAUCAGAACAGGACUACAAAAGUGCUCUGGGUGCUCACAUGCAGUACAUGGGCACCCGCUUCAUCCAGGUUCACCCAAUAAACCGAAAGGGAAUGCUUGAAAAGAUUGAUACCAUCCGCAAACGUGAAGCAGCACAGGGGGAUGGCAAGAACCAGGAUGGCUUUAAAGCUCCCAGGAAUUGUGCUCACAUCACCAACAUCCCUUACAAUGUCUCCAAGAAAGAUGUUCGUGCUUUUCUGGAGGGCAUCGGACUCUAUGAGGACACCCUGAAGGUCCUGACAGAUAGCCAUGGCAACGGUUUAGGGCAGGCUAUCUUUCAACUACGAACUGAGGAAGAUGCCCGCAAAGCCGAAAGAUUGCACCGUCAAAAACUCAAUGGCCGUGAUGCCUUUGUCCACCUGGUGACCUUUGAUCAGAUGAAGGAAAUUGAAAGAAAUCCUCCACCUCAAAACAAGAGGGGCCAACGCAACCAGAACCAGCAGAAUCAUAACCAGAACCAGCACCAGCAAGCCCAGCCCAGUUCCCAACAGCCGCAGAUCAACCCAUUUGCUGGGAUUAGUGGGGAGGAGUUUAACUUUCUCAGAAACACCAUGGGGAACCUCAACAAUGCCCCCUUCGUUACUCCAUUCUCAGCUCCCGGGAAUGGGCUGGCAGGCCCUCCUCCUCUGCCCCCGUUAGCUGCAGGGCUCGGGGACGUAAAUCUGGGAGUAGCUCCACCUCUAGUUGCUGGUCUUCCUGGAGCGCCAAUCUUGGAGCCACCAGGUUUUCGACCUGGUUCUGCAGGCGGAGCUCCGUUUAGCCAAGAUGGGCUAAGAGGUUUGGUGCCCUUUGAUAAUGCCAACAGAAAAGGAAGUGGAGGAGGACAGAAUCGGGGAGGAGCCAACAACAACCAGGGACGUCCAGGGAGCGGGGCAGCCGGCGGACAGCAGGUGUUCACUCCUGGAGCUGAAGGGAUUCGCAACCAGCCGGCUCCCGGAGGAUCCAACAAUCCCAAUGGUCAACGUGGUGCUGCUGGUCCGACAAUUGUAAAACUUCAGAACAUGCCAUUCACAGUAACUGUUGAUGAGAUCAUGGACUUCUUUUACGGUUACCAGGUGCUGCCAGGCUCAGUCUGCUUACAGUUUAGUGAAAAGGGCCUGCCAACUGGUGAGGCCAUGGUGGCCUUCCAGAGUCAUGAGGAGGCUGCUGCGGCAGUCAUGGACCUCAAUGACCGACCAAUUGGAGCUCGCAAGGUCAAGAUAAGCCUGGGUAUGGGAUAUUGCGACCUGAAGAAUUUACAAAGAAGCCUCAUCAAACAUGAGCGGUCGACCGCGCAAAUUCAAAGUCAAAUCGCGCUAAAAACGUUCGGGAUGUCCAGGAUCGACUUGGCUUUGGAUGAACAGCGAAGACUCAACAUCAGCAUCCACAAUGCUAAGGUAAAGGAGAACCGAGAGAUUUUAAAAGAUCUCAUCAAUGCCACCUGCUUCCUUGCCAAACAACAGCUGGCAUUUCGUGGAAAUGAUGAAAGUACAGGCUCUGCUAAUCGUGGCAACUAUGUUGAACUAUUACAUGCUUUCGCUGAGAAAGAUGACAGGCUAGCGAGACAUUUGGAGACAUCCACUGUAUUUUCUGGCCUGUCUAAUAGAAUACAGAACGAUUUAAUCGAAGCAGUUGGUGAUGUCAUUAGAAAUGACAUUAAAAAGGAGAUCGGUGCAGCCCCAUUUAUUGCUGUAGAAGUAGAUGAGACCACAGAUGUUACAAACCAAGCUCAGAUUUCGGUCAUAUUACGGUAUGUAGCUACAUCUGAAGCAGGCUGUGAGGUGAAGGAAGCGUUUUUGGGCUUUGACGAUGUGAGUGAGGACAGACGCGCUCCUGCCAUUGCUGAGUACGUCCUCGGAGUGUUGGAGAAAUAUGACUGUGCUGACAAGCUUGUAGCUCAGACAUAUGAUGGAGCCGCUGUAAUGGCCUCAGAACUUAAUGGUGUGCAAGCUAAAAUUAAAGAAAAAGUGCCCGAAGCCAUGUUUACGCACUGUUACGCACACAAACUGAACUUGGUGCUCUUGCAUUCAGCGAAGUGCAUGCCCGAAUGUCGCACGUUUUUUAAAACAGCUGAGGGACUAGCGGCAUUUUUCAGCAAGUCCACAAAGCGCACUCACUUGCUGGAUGAUGUUGUAAAGCGCCGUUUACCCAGAGCAGCACCUACAAGAUGGAGCUCUAACUCCAGGCUGCUGCAGACAAUAAGCAUGCACCAAAAUGAUCUGCGCACGUUAUUUCGGGUAAUUACGGAAAAUCCCGACAGCUGGGAUAAUGACACGCUGAUGAUGGCAGCAGGAUACGAUCGGUGGCUGUCAAAAGCAUCAACAUGCUUUCUCCUUAUGGCGUAUGAGGACAUUUUCAAUGAAACUGACGCACUUUUUAGAGUGCUGCAAAACAAAGUGAUGGACAUUGAAUAUUGUCUUGUACGCAUCCGCGACACUGUUGCAGCUCUCGAGCGCAUGAGACUGAAGUUCGACAGUUUCUGUGACAGAUUUGAGCAGAAAUGCAGCACACUGGGCCUGACAGAGAGUGGAGACAGACAUUCGAUUAGAUGUGAACGAAAACGAGUGUUCUGUAACAUUCUGGAGAACAUAAGCUGUCAAAUGAAGGCCAGGUUUGAUCAUUUUGGUGAGCUGGCUUUCCUUGGUUUGGUGGACUGCGCAAAAUUCGGUGAAAUGUCCCAAAACUUUGAUGACGCGAAACUGCAGAGCCUGUCAAAAUAUGCCAGAUUCUUUGACUUUAUGAAGCUAAAGGCGGAUCUCGUUGGACUGUAUAGCUCACAAACGGUGAGGGAUGGAUGUAAAUCUCCUGGACAGCUUCUUAGCUUUUUGGCCCAGAAGGAUCUCAUUGAAACUGUUCCUGAGGCGACAAAGUUGCUCCAGCUCGUGCUCACCAUUCCAGCUACUACAGCAUCGGUGGAGCGGUCAUUCUCAGCACUGAAAAGACUGAAAACAUACAGUCGGAACAGGACUGAUCAAGGACGACUUUCUUCACUGGCAGUGAUCUCCAUUGAGACAGAGAGACUUUUAAAACUGAAGAAAGAUAAGGAAGGCUUCUACAAAGAAGUUAUCGAUGCCUUUCUUCAGAAGGAGCGGCGCAUGGACUUCAUUUAUAAUAACGGCUCUGAUAAGAUGGCCGACUGUGUCUCUAAAGUGGAGCUAACCGUCUCCUGUACAAACCUGCUGGACAAAGAUGUCGGCUCCAAGUCUGAUCCUCUGUGCGUGCUGCUGCAGAAAACAGGAGGAGACAAGUGGACCGAGCUCGGUCGCACCGAGCGUCUGAAGAACACCUCCAGCCCGGCCUUCAGUCAGCGCCUCAGAGUGGAUUAUCACUUCGAGACGGUUCAGAACCUGAAGCUGGGAGUCUACGACAUCGACAACUCCACCUCUGACCUCAGCGAUGACGACUACCUGGGAGGGGUGGAGAUCACGCUGGGACAGAUCGUUUCCAGUAAAUCUGUGACCAGACCCCUGCAGCUGAAGAAAGGCAAACCAGCAGGGAAAGGAGCCAUCACCAUCACAGCAGAAGAGAUUAAGGACAACAGAGCCAUUGUGUUGGAGCUGGAGGCCAAAAACCUCGACAAGAAGGAUACAUUUGGGAAGUCUGAUCCGUUCCUGGAGUUUUUCAAACAAGGAGACGAUGGAAAGUGGCAGCUGGUCCACAGAACUGAGGUGGUGAAGAACAACCUGAAUCCCUCCUGGAAGAAGUUCACCGUUCCUCUGCAGACGUUCUGCAGCAGCGACCUGGAAAGAACUCUGAAGGUGGAUUGUUCUGAUCAUGACAGCGAUGGAUCGCACGACCUGAUCGGUUCAUUCACCACUAAAGUCUCUGAGCUGCAGAAAGUUGGACAGGGUUCUCCAGUGGAAUUCGACUGCAUUCAUCCUGAGAAACAGAAGAAGAAGAAGAGCUACAAGAACUCUGGAGUUGUCUGUGUGAAGAAUUGCAAGCUGGUGGCUCAGUACACCUUCCUGGACUACGUGAUGGGCGGCUGUCAGAUCAACUUCACCGUUGGGAUCGACUUCACCGGCUCUAACGGUGAUCCUCGCUCACCCAACUCUCUGCACUACAUGAGUCCAGACGGGCUGAACCAGUACCUGUCUGCUCUGUGGUCUGUGGGUCAAGUGGUUCAGGACUACGACACUGAUAAACUUUUCCCAGCAUUUGGUUUCGGAGCCAAACUGCCUCCAGAUUACCAGGCGGCGCACCACGAGUUUGCCAUGAACUUCAACCCCACUAACCCCUACUGCCAAGGCAUUCAAGGGAUAGUUGAAGCCUACAGGAUGGUUCUUCCUCAGCUCCGCCUGUCUGGACCAACAAACUUCUCUCCCAUCAUCAACCACGUCGCCUCCAUCGCCGCCAGCGCCGCUCAGGCCAACAGCGCCUCACAAUACUUCGUCCUCCUCAUCCUCACCGACGGAGAGAUCACAGACUUUGACCAGACCAGAGACGCCAUCGUCCGGGCGUCGCGGCUGCCCCUGUCCAUCAUCAUCGUCGGGGUCGGGCCGGCCGACUUUAAGGCCAUGGAGCUCCUGGACGGAGACAACGGCGUGCUGAGGUCGACGGUCGGGGAGGCCGUCGCCAGAGACAUCGUCCAGUUCGUCCCGUACAGACAGUUCAAAGACGCUCCCCAGGCGGCUCUAGCUCAGUCUGUCCUCGCCGAGGUUCCAAACCAGCUGGUGUCUUACUUCAAAAUGAGAGGCUUCGACCCAAUGAAACCACAAGCUGCUCCCAAACCCUGAACCCCCCACAUGUCUUAAACCCACCACCUGCAUUCCCAAAACCCACCUCCAUCUUAUUCCAGCUUCCACCCAAAAAUCGACCAAUCUUCAUGGGCCAACCUGAUGCGUCAGCCAAUCACAAAGCAGCACUCUGCUGCCAGCCAAUCAGGACGCUAGGGGCAAACAUCCCCGUUUUUUUGUUUUUUUUUUUUUUUAAUCAAUUUUAUAUCCGCUGUGUUUCCAGAUUUCUCUCUUCAAUAAGUGGAACGAUAAUAAUGUAGAUUACUGGUUAUAUUUUAGUCCUUCUGCUGCUUCCAAAAUAUCUAUGCAGAUCACGUGUUUGCGAACACGUGUGAUAAUCACACAGCCACACACACACAAAAUACACAUCAUGUCGGCCAUUUUGACUCCAUAUUCCACCGCUCUUACUGUUGCCGUAGUAACAGAAGAAGGUCACAUCACCGCUACACAUUCAUUUCAGUACGGUCUGAGUUUUAUCACAGCAGCCUCUAGUGGUCAGUAGAGGAACUGCAGCCUGUGUGUGUGGAGGCUCUGAGUAGCUUUAUUCAUCAGGUGCCAAUACUUUGCACUUUGCUGUUGCACUUAAUGCUGGAAAACUGUAAUAUGAAUGAUAUUAUAUUCUCCUGAUCAUAGGUUUAAUCUUGUAGCUUUACUAAAAACUUUACUGUUGCCUUAGUGUAGACUUUAGUGUAGCUGGUGUGAUGCUGCUUCAGCCUGAAUGUUGAUGUUUGUUGAUGCAGCCAUCUUGGCUCCCAGCAUUUCACACAUGAUGUCGUCAUUGUUUUCAGUUCAGCUUGUCAUCAUGCUAUCAUCUGAAUGCAGGUUGUCUCCAUUCAGGGAUCAUUUUAAAGCCCAAAAAUGCCAACAGGUGGGCGGUUGAUCAAAAAGUAUCAGGACAGCACCUGUAAAGAUCAAAGACUGUAUGUGAUUUAACUUUGGUUGCCUUACCCCUUAAAGGAGUCUCCUUGUGCAGCGGUACUCUGCUUCCUAGAAGUCACAUUAUUUACACAAAUCAACCUCCAUCUGUGAUGCGCUGAAUCUCUUAAACUGGAGUUUCAUUUUGGGGAAGAGUAACUUUUAUGUUCUAACUGCAUUGGAACAUUGUCAAUCCAUUGUGUCUCGGUUCAGGGGGUUUUAAUGUUCUUGAAUGUCACGCAGCAUGACUCAUGACAGUUACUGCUCGUACAUGUUUCACAGUUGUGACCGUGACACAUCACCAACUGUCUUGGGGCUUUUUUUUAAUGAUUUGUAGUUUUUAAAUUUUAGAAUCCACAUACACGUCUAUCAGCAUACAAAACCAUCAACACUCAAACCCCCCCAUCCCACCUACCCACAACCAAGAAGGGUCCAUCACUCUCAGAGGUGAUUUGCAUCUCAGCCUAUUAUGGAAGGCAGUACAGUGAGUAAGCUGGCUGAGUAACAACAAAUAGAACAAAAUACAUCUGGCACCAGCUCAUUGACAUAAUUGCGCAUUAGCCCGAUCUUUACUGUGACAUCUGGAUGCUAUCGAGGUACAUUUCCCACUUCAGACAAUAUUUUUCUUUUCUGUCCAGUAUCCUGUAUGACAUUCUUUCAUAAGCAGCAGCUCUGCCCAAUUCCAUUGUCCAGUCCUGAAAAGAGGGUUCUCCGGGUUUCUUCCACCUUCUGAGGAUGAUCUGUCGACCGAUCAUAAUAGCAGUUUGUAGCCAAUGUUUCAGUGGUUGUGGAAAACCAAACAUCACUGUACAGUCCCCCAAAACAUAAAGUUUUGAACAGAGCACAAAUUGUCUUUUGAUAACAUUAGUGAUGUUAAUAUGAAUCUUCUUCCAAUACUGACUGAUCUUGGGGCAUGACCAUAACACAUGUAUCAGUGUACCUUCAUCCCUACCACACUUCCAGCAGGCAGCUGUAUCCUUUAGACCUAGUCUGAAAAGUCUACUCGGUGUCCAAUAAAAUCGAUGUAGUAUUUUAAAUUGAAUGAGCCUCAACCUCAGAUCUCUUGACAUCAUUUGGGAGUUGCCACAUAUCUUAGCCCAGUUCUCCUCAUUAAAAGAGACCCCCAAAUCUCUUUCCCAAGCUGUUCUAAGUGAGGAGAUACCUCCAUCUCUUCCAUAUUCCAUCAAAAUCUUAUAGUAUUUGGCUGUUUCAUGGCCUUUUCCCAUUAUCCUAAGAACUCUAUUUAGCUCAUCUGCUGACCUUGGGGAGUGUAGCCCAAAAGUCUGUUGCAGUGUCUUGGGACUUUUUGAUCAAUCUUUGUUCAUUAGGUUUCAAAUAUGCGACAUACAGACGAUGAAAUGCACGUUAUGCAAACUUUCAGAAAAUUUAAUUGAACUUCCUGCUGGAGAUGAAAACUAAACAUCUUAAAAACAAAGAGCUAAUGAAAAAGAUAGCAAUUAUAAAGGAGUAAGAAAUGUGAAAUGCAAAGCAUAGAGAGCAUUAAAGUUCUUAAAGCAAAGAUGUGUCUGACAGUAAAGUGCCUUAUUGAAUGAAAUUAAUGUUUGCUGGGAGCCAACAGACAUCUGAGAUGCGUUCAGGUCAUCUGUCUGAACAUUUAACCAACAUGGCACCUUAAAGUUUGAUUAAUAGUUCUAACUGGAUUCUGAUUUAGGGUUGAUUUCUGUUUCAUCUUCACAUGACUUUGAUGAUCAUUAAAGCCACAUUUCCACCACAGGAGCUUUUUCUAGGAACUGAGAACCUUUUGAGGAACUCCUUUCAUCUGCCUUUUGUAUUGUAUUGCAGGCGUUGUAGCCACUACCAGCUAAUCUUGAUUUAGAAGUAGACAGAGCUUUAGUUCCUUGGAUUAGUUCCUAGAACGAAGCAUUCAGGGCGUGUUUCGUGGAAACGCAGCUUUAGAUGUUCUCAGACUCCAUCGUUUAACACGAUCUGAGUACGAUUAGCUGAGCAGCAUCACACUGGGGGUUUUUAAAAGUCCACCAUGUUUGUGUUUCUGCACUAACUGUCUCCUAAACUCCUGGAAUAACCUGAACACACCAACAGUGUUGAGAUGUUGAAAUGUGUCAAAACUCAUGUUUACUGCAGCAAAGCCACGUUUAAUGUCAUUAAAAGUUAAAUGAAAACACACCGCUGCAGACGCUUCAACUGUAACCACUUUUAAACGCUUUAAAUGACUUUGAAUUAUU